GGUUCUCGUUUUCCAGUACUCUUGCUGGAUUUACCUUUAUUUGAUAAGUUACCGGUAAACACAAUGAAAAACUCUGCAAAAGAUCACCAACCCUCGAGACGGGAGGAGGAGGGCUUGAGGGGAAAUAGUGCGAACACAGCGAAUCGACGAAGGUCGUGGAAGACGACUGCUGCCAUAAAUUCAGCGAUAGUGCUUCAAGCAAGUCAACUAAAACUUGAGUUAAAUAUAACUAAUAACUUUGUCAACAAAAUCUCGUUGGCACAAUUUUUGUCUUCGUUACAGCUUUCUGGUCAUGGAUGUCAGAACUUCUGCCAUUCAAACAUAGCCAUACACAGAGUGACAGCUCACGCAUUUUUCAGUGCCCCAUUUUUGCGUGCAGGUGAAGAUUCGCUUCAAAUGGCAGAUCUGCAGAAGAUAAAUAUGAGUGAGUGGAAGGUGAUGUAAAUAACCGGAAGAAUUCAUCUGCCCUUGCUCAACCUUUCAGCCAAUCCACAUCAUUCCUCCACAAAAAAAAAAAAAAAAUAUGGUCAAACCAGCAACUACAAGCAGCGACUAAUUUUUGCUCGUUGAAAAUGUGUCUAUCUUGGAAAACUUAAACUCAUCACAGGCUGAAAAUUCGCUUUUUAAGCAAAUGUGCGUGUGAGACCGUCGUCCUGAGCCGUUUUUCAGCAUCUCAGGCCGACAGUGCAUCCAGCAGGACGAUAGUUACUCCUGAGAUAGAAUGAUCGCCAACCUUAGAGAGGUUUAACUAUGAGCUAUCCGGUCUCUAAUGCAGGUCAUAUUUUGAUAAUGAACUAUAACGCAAGGCUUUUGCAGGCCCCAGUUGUACUUUUUCAUGCCAAUGGACAACAGAAUAUCACUUCGGGCACUGAGGGGCUUAUUCUGGCAACAUGCCCCGGGAUGAAGAUACAUAAGUCGGGGCCAAUAUCUUCUUCAAUCGAAUUUAUAUUCACCUCCUUCUUGAAGCUGAUAAUCCCGAUCAUCUCCCUGCCAGCCAUGAUGUUGUUCAGAACUACCUUUCUUUCACUCAGCCUGUGGACUCUCUGUGUGCUGGCGCAAUCGCUGCAGCAGGCUCUUCGUGACAAUGGACAUAUUCGAUUUGCCGACUUUCUUGCAAGUGAUCCUCCAUUUGAAUUAGAUCCGACUGCAUCUUCCGCUUUCAUCCUCGCUCCGAUAGAUGCUGCCUUUGAUGAUCAACCAAACGGCAUCCUGGGUCGCAGGGCCGCCUUACAGAAGGAUUCAGCGGAAUACUACACCGGUGAGAACGGAAACGCGAGACGGGGCUUGUUAACACCUGAUGAGACGGUGGUCGAAACAUUCUUUACGAACCCUCAAUACGUGAAUCUCAACGGCCGUGGUCAAGUCUUUAUCAGGCAACCAACGCUGCUGGGAUUAUUCGAAAGGAUAUCCAGCGGCCUUCAAGAGAGCGUUAACAUUGUGUCGGGCGAUAUUCCAUUUGACCAGGGAACGAUCCGCGCUAUUGAUGGCUUUCUCACGGUGCCCGAAAGCAUAUCCACAACUAUCGCCAAGAUAGGAUUUGGGCCCUUCACAGAAUUCCUCGAGAGUACCGGCAUUCUCAGUAUGAUCAAUGGCAUGCCAACCCUCACCCUUCUAAUCCCCACAAAUUUUGCUCCUCCGUCCCCUGACCAGUUUGAUGAGUUCAUACAAAUAAUGCAACAACAUGUUCUCAUCGAUUUCCCGGGGUACACCUCGAUGCUCGAGGAUGGACAGUCAUAUCGCACGCUUGCUGGCCCUGGGAAGGAUGUCACUGUCCAAAUUAGGGGAGACUCCUACUUUAUCAAUGGUGCUCGAAUUGUCCAAGCAAACAUAAUUGUCGGCAAUGGGGCUAUCCAUGUGCUCGAUAGGAUGGUGAACGCACCCCCGGGCCAAUUGCCGCUAUCAUAGACCAGCUUAGACCAACCCCCUUACUAUUAAUAUAUCCUUUUUCAUUCACAUUUUCAUUGGAUCCAUUUUCCGAGGUUAUAAUGGUUGCACCAGCUGAAUGGGAAAUGGUAGCUGUGUUUAAUGAAGUUUACGACAUAGUGAACAGCUACCUUGUUUUUUUGUUCCUUUCCUUGUGGCUCCCUCACGCUUCCUUUAUUAUGCACAAUUUCAUGCCUAAUCGAUGGAAUAGACAUCAUUAACAAGCUUCUUACUGCGUUGAACUCUGAUAUGCCCCUUCUAGAGUGGGCCGUCUUUCAUAUAGCCUAACAUAUAAGCUUAAAUCUUAGCCCCCGGGCCAGAAACUGAUGCGCCCGGCCACCUCCGCAAAUAACUUAAGAGCACCAAUCUACAGGAUUUUACCCAAACAAGUGUGAGAAUGUAGCCAAUAUUUACUGCACAAUUUUAGUCUCGUGGAGAAGAUCGCAUGGAAGGAUUUCAGCAAGGAUAAAACUCAUGAAAGCGUCUCAUAAAUGGUGCAUUACAUGUGCCGGUAUGAAUAGUUACCCUCACAUGGAUAGAUUCAAAAAAAAUCAGAUGUCCUGACCAUACCCAACAAACCAAUGGAGGAAAAACAGGCUCACAUGAAUACAACUCUUCGAAGAUAUCACUGGUUAUGGCUAGCUUGCGUCUCAACAACAGGAAUCCAAAGCAC